AUGUUCAACAAUACGAGGAACAACGCAGAGAACGAUGUGGGAACGAGGUUGAUUGGGAUUCCCAAUGGACCAACACCAACACCAACAAGUGUCCGUGUUCAUCAUCUUCACCCUGACAACGUGGCUGUAGGGUCCCCUCUCAGCAGGGUCUCGACCCCAUUCUCCAAUGGCUUUGGUUUCUCUCCAUAUUCAGCAUCAUCAGCUCCUUCUCGAAACGAUCACUGUCCCACUCAAUUGUGGUUGGAAAAGGACUCGUCGAGUCGCAGUGAUAACUGGGUCGAUGAUCUGGUACUGUCCAAUGAUUUCUCCAGAAUGAAUAUCAGUGUCAUCGAUGGAACCAGAACCAGAACCAGGGGAUACGAUAUGAACUCGUACGCUUUUUCCUUAGAUGGAAAUGUUCCAUUUUUCAAUGAAACAGGAACCCAAUAUCAGCAUGUUAGCAAUGAGGGAGUUUCACAAAGUUUACCUUUCUGCGACGAAGGUUACACAUUUGGUACCCCAACGGAGUCAUCUUUCUCUCAUGAUCACACCAACCAAGUAUAUCAUCACAUGAGACAGAUGCAGGGGACGGGUAGUGGUGAAUGUGAUGGACAAGUUCAAUUGCAGAACCCAUCUUUUAUUAACCCUUAUCUUUGUGAUCGUUUCGUGGGUUCACAGCCCCUCGGAAUGAAUUGUGAAGCUGGCUGCGGUCUCAGAAACCCCUUUAAAUUCUCUCAGAUGAUGCAUCCCAGAAUUGCUUUGAAUCCCAAUGUCAAUGGUUCAUCACAUCACUGUCCUGUGACAUCUGCCAACAAUGAACUUCCCCAUUGUCUCUCUCCCAGAAGAGCUGGUGGGGAUCCUGCGCCGUUUAGAUGUGAUAAUAGUAUUAUUAUACAAGGGAAGGAUAUGAAAAACUGCAUUGAAAACGGGUACAAUUCUUUGAGGGGCUAUAAAAAGAAUUCCCGUGAUGAGGUUGCAAUUCACAUUGUGGGGGAUGAUGUUUCUAGACACAUUUCUCGUACUCCUGCUAAUCAAAUUUGUAAGAAUAAUAGCACUCUGGCUAGUCAUUUACCUCUGCCCCCGCUGCUGAAUUUUUAUUCUCUGGCUGAGGUGCGUGCGUACAUUCACAAUAUGGCAAAGGAUCAGAAUGGUUGUCGCUUCCUACAGCGGAUGGUUGAUGAGGGAACCUGUGAAGACAUGUGUAUGGUGUUUGAGGGAAUCAUUCAUAAUGUUGUUGAACUUAUGCUGGACCCUUUUGGGAAUUACCUUGUGCAGAAGUUGCUGGAUGUAUGCAAUGAAGAUCAAAGAUUGCAGAUUGUGCUUAUGUUGACUAAGGAACCAGGGCAGCUUGUUCGAAUCUCUUUGAAUACACACGGCACACGCGUGGUACAGAAGUUGAUUGAGACCCUCAACUCUGGGAAACAAAUUUCAUUAGUGAAGUCUGCCAUUCAACCAGGUUUUCUUGAACUUAUUAAGGAUCUGAAUGGAAAUCACGUCAUACAGCGUUGCUUGCAAUGCCUUAGCUGUCAAGAUAAUCAGUUUAUUUUUGAUGCUGCCGAGAAGUUUUGUCUUGACAUAGCUACUCAUCGACAUGGAUGUUGUGUACUGCAACGUUGCAUUGAUCACUCCAUGGGAAAGCAUCGAGAUAAGCUGGUCACAGAAAUAUGCAAGCAUGGGCUUCUCCUCGCUCAGGAUCCAUAUGGAAAUUAUGUUGUUCAGUAUAUUAUAGAGAUGGAGACCCAAACUGCAUCAACCAAGCUGAUUGGUCAGUUCAAAGGGAAUUAUGUAAACCUCUCUAAACAAAAGUGUAGCAGUCACGUGGUUGAAAAAUGCCUUAGGCAUGUUGGAGACAGCAGAUCGAGGAUAGUUCGAGAAUUGCUGUCUGCUCCUCACUUUGAACAGUUAUUGCAAGACCCAUUUGCCAACUAUGUUAUUCAAUGUGCUCUUGCAGUGACCAAGGGUUCUCUGCAUGCAUCUUUGGUUGAAGCAGUUCGCCCUUACAAAAUCUUACGCACCAGCCCAUAUUGCAAGAAGAUUUUCUCGGGAAGCGUUUUCAAGAAGUGA